AUGCCCCCGCGAUAUUUCAAGAACGAUGCCGAGCCGGCACGGCGAGAUCCACGCCGUCAACUCGAAGCUUCCCUUAACCGCCUCGUCACCGAGCACCCGCCCACCGAUGUCGCGCCCGGCGGCGGCCUGUUCAAGGGCCCCGUUAGCGUAGCCUACACCUUCCUCGUGCUGCAGCAAAUGUACCCAGACCUCAUCAUCGAAGGCCACGCGCUCGGCACGUGGUCUGCCGCAUACCUCAAACGCGCCCAAGAUGAGAUCGCAACUUACCCGGGCCCCAGCGUCGGCGCAUGUGGAAUUACAGACGAUAUCCUCGCUCUUUUGGCGAUUGGAGCUGCGAGCAGCAAGGAUGUGGACAUGGCUGCGAAUCUCUGCGACUACUCUGCCGAGGUGAUUGAUCCGGAGACGGAUAAUGAGAUGUUGUACGGCAGAGCUGGAUAUCUCUAUCUACUUCGCCUGGUCAAGGCGAGCUUCGUGGAUGAUCCCAAGACGCUGCAAUUGAUCACAGACACUCAGGACGAUGUUAUCGAUGCAAUUCUCGACUCCCCACGACCGUGGAAGUGGAGGGGCAAGACGUAUAUCGGUGCGUUGCACGGUGCAAUUGGCAUCAUCACACAGGUGGUCCUUACGGAUCCCAGAAAGUACGCGGAGAAGAUGCAGGCGGAGCUGGCCGUAAUACUUACCUACCAGUAUGAGGGUGGGAACUUCCCGGCCAGCGUGCCGCCUGAGAGGGAUCGUCUGGUGCAAGUGUGUCAUGGCGCGCCGGGUGUUGUGGCGAGUUUGGUGAGCAUUCAAGAGUAUUUUCCACAGUUGAAGGAGAAGAUUGCAAAGGCCAUUGCAAAGGGAAGGGAAUGUGUGCUGGAGCGGGGAUUACUGACCAAGGAGCCUUGCAUAUGUCAUGGCAUUUCUGGCAAUGCCCUAGCGCUGGAAGACGCGGACUUUGAACACUUUCUCACCUACACGACUGGCCAUGAGAUGAAGUCUAUGGAGAAGGACGGCAUGCUUGAGAAGUCAUCAGCACCCGAAAGCUUGUUCUCUGGUGAAGCUGGUCGAGCCUGGACUUGGGCCGUUGCGGACAAGGGACUUCCCAAACGGAUUCUUGGAUACAACGAUCUCUAA